AUGGAUGUAGACACUGCCAAGCAGUGGUCGUUGGACUGGCACCUUCCUCUGAAUGAUGAAAAGUGCGUCCAUGUGUCGUUUGGAGGGGAUUCAGCGAAUGCCUUUGUUAUGCAUGGUGAAAAGGGACCAGAAAACAUCAUGAGGAUAGAUGCCAAAAAAGAUUUAGGCAUCUGGGUCUACUCAAACUUGUCCUUCUCACUGCACCAUGAGAAAUCGGCCCAAAAGCCAUUCGCCAUUUUACGGAUGAUCCGACGCACCUUCUCCCGUAUUACUCGCAUGGACUUCCAAAUACUCUAUGGGGCCUACGUCAGACCGCUCCUGGAGUACGCCAACCAAGUUGUCUACUCAGGACCCGUACGCUAUCCACGUUUGAUGUACAAAUUUCUGCGACAGGGAUUCCAGGACUUUCCCACAUCCCUUGGGCCAAAUGGCGAAGUUAUACUAAAUUUGGCCCGUUGUGAACUCGAACGCAUCGAACAAGUACCACAAAGUAUUAAUGUACUCAUCUUGGAUUACAACUACAUCCGUCGACUGGAGAAUUUGGCUAACUUGUAUGAUUUGCGACAACUUUCAGUUGCUGGGAACAAGCUUUUUCAGAUGCAUGGUGUUGCACCCUUGGUCAACUUGACCAUUCUCAAUUUGCCACAGAAUGCGAUUGUCGCUAUUGAUGUUGUGUACAGUCCAGAGGAUUACGAACCGUUAUUGUUGGCCUAUCUACCGAAGCUGCAAAUUCUAAACGGCGAAAAUGUAGAGCCGGAUACUCGUGCGCGAGCUAAAUUACUGAGAGUUGAACAGUUUUCAUCUGAACCGGAUUGUGCUAGCUCCGAUCGCGAGUUGGUCAUGCAGGCGUCCGUUUCUUCGCAAGCCGUCGAUUCAAAUCCCUGUCCUGAAUCCAGUCAGUUGGAACCUCCCUCGUUGGCCAAGAGUUGCACGGAUCACCAGUUGCUCCCCAAUUCAGACAUCAAAAAUCCACCAAUAUCACUGAACGAGAACCAUAUUCCUGGUGGUCUGCCAAACCACACCCAAGUCGACGGUGACUUCAGUCAGUCAUCCGAAGUGUCGCGAUCACGAUCUUCCAAUCCUCCGGAUCCACUUUCUCAAUGCGAGCUGUCACCAGCUGUCAGCAGGACUCAGUACACUGAGCAUAGUGACCUCCCAGCAGUCUCUCUUCGAAGGUUUAUUGAAGAUGGUUCAGCCGCCAUUCAGGAUUCUUCUGAUCAUCAACACGAAAGCCCGAAGAUCCAAGUCUUUGGUUCGCCGGCCCCAUCUCCAAAGAAAAGCUCUUUCGAAGGGGCACCUCAUAUGUCACAGGCGUCCGAGGUGAGCAACAACCCAGUGGCGUCUAGCUUGCUGAUGUCUGAAUCCGUCUAUCUUCCCGUGAGUGCACCUGUUUAUCCAGCACGCAGUUCGUCUCCAGAAAUUCCAUUCAUUUCAACACGCUCUUCGAAAGCCCAGUUUCAGUCAUACUAUCCCCAUUCAAAACGAGGAGUCGAUUCGCCGAGCACGGCAGGAUGUAACGAGGAUUCAACUCCUUGUCCAACAACCGGCGUUAUUCGCAACAGCCUUGUCUAUGGUCCCGGUCGGGAGCUGGACUCCAGCCGCACUGUUAUACCCCCAGACCAUCCAGUUGAUUUUCAGGGUGCACCUCAUUCCACGGAAUCCACUGAGUAUCAAGCUGAUCCUCGCACCCCGACUACUCAGUCGGCGGAUGUUCGAGUACCUGCUGCACACACCCAGAUGAUUGACAAUGUGUAUCUGAUACACGAUGAGGAAGACCACGAGGGUGAAGAACUGAUCGGUGCACCAUAUCAAUCUUCUCAAAUUGCACCUGCUUGUAUUCACAUGUCUCAAUCGUGUCACGCAGGCACAGUGGGGUCCACAACGAACCAACGAUCAGGUCACUCGGUGUCAGUAGACUCCCAAGAGCUACUGUCUCAAGCAAGUCAUGUGAAUUUGAACGAAUUGCUACUGCGCUCACACGCACAACCAGGUGAAGUAGUUGCACGAUCCCUGGACUCAUGGAUGCAAUCCUACAUGUUUUGUUCACCUGCAGGAAACUCGGCGAAAACUCGCGGUGCAGAUUUGCGUCACCCGGCACCAUUCCGGAAUUCUUCUGAACGUUCAUCCCUUCGGCCUGUUCAACAGCUACCACAUUGCCUUAAGACACCACCCUCACGGAAAUCUAACUUACCAACCCCAAACCGGACACACAAUUCUCCCUUGGUUGACAACCAAUCACUACAUAAGUUUGAGCCUGAAUCCCAGAGAACACUGACGCAGCCGCCCGAGUGGUCAAGUGUUUCUCGUCCCUCUACUUCAGAAGGUCUUUGCUCGUCGUGCGGGUUUCACCCAGGUAUGCUGCAAGAUCACAUCGUCUUUCUCCGUACACAGCUCCAAGCCCAAUACGAGGCUGCUCAAGCGGAAGCCAAAUUACGUCAGCUCCACUCCAAAGCCAUUGAGUUUUUGCUACAAGAGGUGCAAGAGUUAAAGGCGUGGAAAGAAGAAGCUUCAAAACAGCUACGCUUGUCCAAUGAGCUGAAUAAUCAGUCUCGGCGACUCACCACCACCGGAGCUCCCGACUCACUGAGUCCGUCGUCGACUUCGAUAUCCGCUUUCAAUGCUCCUUCCCAAUCCGUCCUGUACACCACAUCUGCCCGUGGAGAUACCCCUCCCUCACAAAAGCUGUUUGCAUUGUGCAACCGCAGCCCGCAGCAGCACGCAACUCAACAAAUGACCAGCGGCAAAAGCUUUUCUGAUGGUUUUCCGAGGCUCUCAAAUGGAAUCUCUUCUAACCAUCCCUCACGUCCUGCGGAUUGGAGAGCAAAACAAGAGGUGAUUAACGUUUAUGAUUCGGAUGCAGAAGAUAUAGGGACCAUCACUGGAACAAGCCAUGACAUCGUAGUCCGCCCACCAUUGGAAGUACGACCCACCAACUUCCAACCUAUUCCGGGCUCACCUCUUGCAACUGCGUUUGAGGACGAGCCGAAUUCUCCGGAGAUGAAGCGGUCAAUAGGACCUUCCACUCUAUCUGAACUUGAGCCGAGGCCAACCGAAGCGAAACCGUUGUAUCGGAAUGAGUUCCAUGACUGGUCUCCUGGCUUUCCAUCUAGAAAUGCGGAGGAUGGGCUAUUCCAACAUGAAAGCAGUCCUAGUGUUGAACCGGAUAGCUUGUCAGAGGCUUCAGAAGGGCCGCAGGCGAAAAAUGGACUCUGAACUCCGGAUCUGGUCUCAGUGAUAUGUGAUAUUGAAAUUUAUUUUGCUGGUACAUGCACACCGC